AUUAUUGCAGUUAUCUCAACCCGUCAUAUCGGACUGCGCUGUGCCAGACGACUCGACAUCAACAAGGAACUGUGAUGAUGGACACGGCACCAAGCCUCGACCCCUCGGGCCUGAGUCCCGACCCUGUUAAUUGUGCGACGGCUAUCCUUAGUGUGUCCACUCACAAUGAUAGUACUGGAGGAGGAGGAAGCAACGUUACCAUGACGAGGGAUGUUUCAUCUACCCACAGUACCGACACGCUGAACGGGUCAGGUGAUAACACACAAACUUCUAACCCUGCAUCACCCUCUUCUGCAACCACCUCGGAACUUUUAUCCGGAAAGAAUCUGACUUUUUCUCCAGAACAGGUGGCAUGUGUUUGUGAAGCCCUUCAACAAAAAGGUGAUAUUGAUAGACUGGCUAGAUUUCUUUGGUCAUUACCUCCCAGCGAACUCUUAAGAGGUAGUGAGGCCGUCCUCAAAGCAAGAGCAACUGUUGCUUUUCACAGAGGAAGCUACAGAGAACUUUAUGCAAUCUUAGAAAGUCACGAAUUCCAUGAUACCAAUCAUUCUUUUUUACAGCAACUUUGGUACAAGGCUCAUUAUAUGGAAGCUCAAAAAAUCCGCGGUCGACCACUGGGUGCUGUAGAUAAGUAUAGACUGAGAAGGAAGUAUCCUCUACCGAAAACAAUUUGGGACGGAGAGGAGACUGUAUAUUGUUUCAAGGAGAAAUCACGACAGGCUUUGAAAGAGUGUUAUAAACAAAAUAGGUACCCCACGCCAGAUGAGAAGAGAAAUUUAGCAAAAAAGACAGGCUUAACGCUGACACAAGUCAGUAACUGGUUCAAAAAUCGCCGACAGAGAGAUCGCACCCCGCAGCAACAAGCAGUAACGGGCCCGCUCGUGUUCGAGGAAAUGAGAAGAGAUCUAAUGGAUGACAGUAUGAAGCACAACAUGCACCACCACCACCACCAUGGCCACCAUCAAACACCGCAGCACCACCACCAUCAUCACCACCAGCAGAUGUGUGGCAAUGCACCGAUGAUGAUGCCACACGAGUACAGAGGAGACAUCGACAUGUCUGCUAAACUUAUCGAGGAUAUGCGCACGAAUCUCACAUCGAUGCCACUGGUGAAAAACGAGCCCAUUCCACCUCACUACCUCUGUGCACCUCCGCCGCUCGACCACCACCACCGCUUGCACCAUCCGGUACCACCUGUAUGACCACCAACUCCCGGAACCACAUGUAUGUUGUAAACACGUAAGAUAUACUAAGAUAUAGAAUUGUCCUUUAUAACAAACAUGUGCAUCCGGAGACCUACUGGACCACCCCCACAUAGCGCCGCGUGUAGUGGCACUGUACUGUCUCGACAGACUUCGCCAGUCAAUGUGUUGUACAGUACACGCGGACGGGCAGACACAUGUUUGUUUAUGGUUCGGACGUUCGGAAAGAGUGUGUGUUAACUGAAGCUUCUGUUAUGUCUGCUAUGCAGGCGUUAACGUGUUAGUUUCUGGAGUUAAAAUGAAUACAGACAGUGGAACCUUAUGUCCAGAGGACAGUUGUCCCGCUUUAGAUGUUGUUUAUUUUUUCACUGUGUUGCUAUUUCCCAGCAUAUGUUGUGCUAUGUUCGACGAUGGUGCUACAUUGGUCAUCCCCCAAAAGUUGAUUCCACGCAACAAGACGCUUCAGACUCAUUUGUUAAAAAGUUCUCAUGUCGUCUGUGGACAAUAAUUUCAUCCGACAUUGGCUUCUGAUGGAAGCUCAAGAUAGGAAACUGUAUCACUUUUAUCAGUGCAAUCCGUAUUGACAAGUUUUAUAUUAUAUUCAGUUUUUCACGGAAUGGAGUACACUAUUGACUUUGUUUGUAAAGUCGUGACCACGUGACCGGUGUCUGUAUAUUACAAAAUGGAAGCGCAGGCCACAAUAAUUUAUUGACUUAUCUGAAGAGAAAUCAAAAGUCGUUUCUGUACGUUGUACGGUGUGAUUUAUACUCAGUAAACCUUUAUAACAUGUUUAUGUCAUAUUGUCAGAUCAAAAUGUAAAUAAUAUGUGUAUUAAAUCAAAUUAUCUAAACAUA